CGAUAAGAUAGGAAUGCGUCAAACAGCCAUUUUGCUCGUCGCCGCCGCUCUCGCAGUCUGCGGCCAUGACCGUUGUGGCGGUACGCCGACCAUGACCCCGACACCGACGCCGACGCCGACGCCGACGCCGGUACCCAUGCCUUUUGCCGAUGGCGCCCACGUCAACAUAUUUGCGGACAACGCCGCUGGGUUGAACGGGUGGGCUAACAUUGUACCGGGCGCGCUCUUUACAGCAUGGGCGAUCCCGACCGCCGUUUGCGAUCCAGUGAAAUUUACCAUCAGCACCGUGCCGGGGGGCAUUACGAUCAACGUUUACCAGUAUCAUCUGCAAACGUGCACAACGUGCGCGCCGCUGCCGAACAAUGGCCAAGCGAUCAGUUUCGACACAACCACCGGCUCGGUGUGGACGACAACGACGCUUGACGCUACGCACUUCACUCUUCUCAACGAAGACAAGUUGUGCUUGACACGCUGUCCAGGGUGCAUCUCCGCUACAGACGCUGGUGACUCGGUCGUGGCGCAGCCGUGCAGCAACUUGCCGACGCAAGUGUGGACCAUCACGCCCGCGCUAGAAGGUGCCGAGGCAAGUGGGAAUCGCCAUCCCAGUGGCUUAGCACCUCCGUAAAAGCCAUUUUAACAAAAGAUUGC